CGGCGGCGGGCGCGGGCGGCGGGCGCUGCUGGGCGGCUGCGCCCCGCUGCUAUAUAAACACGGCCCGCGCCCGCCGCUCCGUCCUGCCGGCGGGAGGAGGUGGCAGCACCAGCACCGGCGGCGGCGCGGAGGCAGAUUUCCAUCCUGGGACUGCCUUCUAGGGCGAACUAUCACCAAUGGAAGUAAAAUUUGUUUUUCUAGCGUUUGGGGUUGGCUGGAUUAACUGGGUUUUAUUCAGAGGGAACUUAACAGAUCUAUCUUGCUUUUGUUGAACCUCUCUACUGCACCUCACAAAGAUUUCCUAUGUCGAGAGGCUGCACAAAAGACAACUGAGCAGCACAAAAAUGUGACUCUGACAAGAGAUUCCAAGCUUUCUGACAAGGAAUUUUCUACUGAUGACUUUAUAAUUUAAAUAUAUAGCUGAAGCAUGCAUAAUAGUUAACCUGACAAGGAAAAAAAAAGCUUUCUCGUUAAUUAGGACUGUCAAAAAGGCAGUCACCUGAAGCUUCAAAAUGAGUGCUCCGUUAAUCCCAAGCAAGUCAUGUUAUGCCCAGCUUCAGGACAACUGCAGCGAAAUAAAAAAUAAUAAUGAAAGCAUAGUGAGUGUGGGGGAUACCAAUGCCAACCAAAUUGUGAAAAAAACUAGGACCACUGAAGGGGAUGCUAAGAAACGUGGUUUGACAGAUGAAAGUGGGAAUAUACACUGUGGAGGAUCAGAGAAAGUUGCUCAUCUGAAUACAGAGCAGAAUAAACUCUUGACCUUCAAAGACUCUCGGACCUGUCACACCAGUGUACAGGAAAGUAAGCUGCCCUCCACCACAAGCAGGGAGAUGGGGAAAGAUUCUAGGACCUGCGAAGCUAAGGAUAUAUCAAGGUAUAUCAGGAUUAGCCGUGGACAAAGUCUGUCCAAUUUAAAAAGUAGCACAAACGAUGCCAACCUGGAGGUUAUUUCCAAAGGUGAUGUUGACUUAACCCGGAACUUUUGUAAGGGUAAAAUGUCCAGGACUGUGGAGGUGGAGAGAAUAAAAAGGCUUUCUUUGGGAAGACCAAGUAAAUUCUCUCCUCAAUCUGAAACAUUUGCAAAAGACUGCAUUGGCCGUGUGUCAUGUAAACGUCUGCUUUCUGCAUCAUUGGACUCCAUUGACAGGUCGCACCGUUUGAUAGGAAAUACGGAGAAAUCACAAAAAACAUCCACAGAUCAUUUUCUUGGGAUGGUGUUUCAUCCACUUGACAAUACCUCAGAGGAAAAUACUGUACUUUAUUCAAAACCAUCUACCUCAGGGAAUAAGAAAAUAAGUAAACCAGAAGAUGUACCAAAUGUUAACGUUGAAAGCACACUGCAUACUUCUCAUUCUCAACAUUCAACUGUUAAGCCCAAUGAGAUUGCGAGUAAAUCAGAAGCACAAUUAGGUCAGGGUGAUAAAAGUAAAAAAACGGAGCUUAAGACUGCACUGUCUCUACAAUCUAAAAAUACUUGUCAACAAAAGAUUGAGAGAAUUAUGCUGGAAGAGUUCCUGGGAUGUCAAAAAGAUGAAAAUACAGCAGUGCAGGAACAGAAAGGCUCUGGGUCUGAUGCAUCAAAAUUUCAAGCAUCCCAUUUUCAAGACACCUGUAAUAAAGCAGAGGAUCCAUUGUCAAGCCAGGUGGUAACCUAUCCUGAUGAAAAAUUGCUGAGUGAUAAUGUCACCAUUGGUGAGGAAGGGAGAGGAAACAAUGACAGUGACAACAAUGCAACUGACCAGGUUGGUGAGGAAUAUUUUACUGACAAAGAAGUGGAAACAUCAUUCCCACUCUCCUGCAGUAGUAAAUCCAGUGGCAAAGUGACACCUAGAAAAAACAAAAAUUUACAUGAAGUUGAUGCAGGUUGUACAGAAACAGUUGGUGAACAGAUAUCUCUUAUACAGAAUAUUAAUCUACCUGACAGCAAACCCUUGAAAGUUAAUGAGGAUAAACUGACAUUAGUCAAAGGAAGCACUGAGGAUCUUGCUGUAUCUGUUUCUGAUGUCUCAGAUCAACACGGAGCAUGCAGUGCAGAAACAGUGUCAAACCAACAACCCGACAACCACGACAGUGAUGCAGGAGCCUCAAGCUUUUCAGUUCCAAGUAAAAAGACAGCUAACGCACAGAAACAUCCUCCAGAGGAAGCACUGGAGAGCUGUAACAUUUCAGCAAAGGCUGAUGCCUUUUUAUGUGUCCAAACUCCUGUGCGCCCAGUGGCAACACGGGAAGUUAAUAGUCAGCCCACGCUAUCAAACAGUAAUUUGAAGGACCUUUAUGCACUUCAUGUUGACAAACUGUCACCCUCCUCAGUCCUACCUCCCAUUGACAGUACGCAGUUGUUAAACAUAUCCUCUAAAGUGCCUAUCAAGACUGCUUGCAGCAGUGCCAUCCCAAAACCUAUCCUGGUCCACUCCAAGGGCUCCCUUGCAGAGAAGGCAGAUGUGGACAGUGACUGCAGUGAAAAGCUGGAAGAAAGUGUGGAGGUGAAACCUGCCAUACCCAGGCCCAAACCUGUGAGACCUAAAAUCAUCACAUACAUUAGGAGAAAUCCUCGUUCGAUAGAGCAGCUUGACCCUUUGUUUGCGCCAGCAGGGAUGCCCUUUGGUAGCCCCACGUGUGGCAUGCCCAUCUCUACGGAGCAGAAGGCAUCCAAUGGCGGGGAGUCGAAGCCCACCAGCAUCCUAUACGAAAAAUUUAAACCUGACCUCCAGAAGCCAAGACUCUUCAGUUCUGGACUGGUGGUGUCAGGAAUUAGGCCCCCGGGCCAUCACUUCGGUUCAAUGAGCGAGAAGUUUCUGCAGGAGGUUGGGGAAAGGCCUGCAAAAGAUGAAUUUUGCCCUCCACCAUAUACUCAUUACGAGGUCCCACCAAGUUUUUAUCGAUCUGCCAUGAUACUCAAGCCACAGUUAGGACUGGGUGCAGUGUCCAGGUUACCAUCUGCAAAGAGCAGGAUUCUAAUUGCAAGUCAAAGAUCCUCAGGUAGCUGUCUCCAUCAGCAAGGAGAAAUAACCAGUGCUCCCAGCCUCUAUCAUCCAGAUGCUUCAGUUGAUCUUAAGAAAGGCUCAUGUCCAAGUGCUGCAAAAUCAAAUCUCCCCAAGCCCUGCCAGUCUGGACUUCGUCCUCCAGGUUAUUCACGGUUGCCAGCAGCUAAGCUGGCCGCAUUUGGUUUUGUCAGGAGCUCAAGCGUAUCCUCUGUCUCCAGCAACCAGUCAAACGACAGUGCUCAGAGUGAUCAAAGCAGAACAACCAACCGUUCUAGCUUUGGAAAUGAAGAGCAAACCAUUCCUAAGGCAUCUGCGCCUUCUAAAGAUGUCUCCAAGGGGAGCAGCAAGAGCAUGACGCAAGUAUCGAGCAGCACAGCAACUCCACGCAGGAGCUUACUUCCAGCACCAAAAACUGCCACAGCACCUGCUGGUGUGAAGAAAGAAGUACAAAAAGAUCAGGAUGCUAACAGACCAGUUGUCUCAUCCCCUAAGAGAUCAGCAGUAACAACCACCAAGCUCCAUUCACCAGGACAUCCCAAGCAAAGGCCAGCCACCCCAAAGAAUGGAUUCUCCCCCAAACCAGGAGAGAGUCGAGAUGCUGAAAAGCAAUUAAUUCAGAGAUUGAAGGAAAAGUGUGAUGAGCAGUCCCGGCAAUUAAGCAAUAUUCAAGAUGAGCUUAAAAGGGCCAGCUGUGGCUUUGAUGUCUUUGCUAUAACAACACAGCACUUUUUCAGGCAGAAUGAAAACACCUUUGAGAAAAUAAAGGAGUUAGAAGAAGAGCUUGCAAAGAUCAGGGAUGAAACUGUCCUCAAUACAGAGAAAUGGAUGAAACUGCAGAGCGAGAAGGUGGAGUUGGAGAGGUCCUUUGAGGAGAGGGUGAAGCAGCUCCAAAGGGAGCAGCAGGAGGAGCUGCAGGUGCUGGAGCAGUGCCUGGAGGAGGAGCACAACAUCAGGAAGAAGAGCCUGGAGGAGGAGCACAGACUGCAGCUGGAGCAAGUCAAAUUGCAUCAUGAGAAUCAGAUGGAAAAGAUCAUAGCUGCCCAUAAAGCUGCAAUGUUACAGCUGGAAAAUGACCACAGAGCCAUUACUGAAGUACUGCAGAAGGAGAAAGACUGCAAGAUUCAAGAACUGAAUGCCGCUCACAGUCUGGAAAAGGCUCAAUUAGAAGAGAAUUUUGAAAAACUGCGGCUGUCACUCCAGGACCAGAUAGACACCCUCACUUUUCAAAAGCAAUCUCUUAAGGCCAAAGCCGACCGAUUUGAAGAGGCUCUGAAGGAAAAAACAGAGGAACAACUGAAGAUUGUACGAGCUCCAUAUCUGCACUUAGAAAAUGAUUUGAGGAGCUUAAAACAUGUUCUGGAAAUGAAGAACCAGCAGAUUCACCAGCAGGAGAAGACCAUCAUGGAGCUAGAAAAAAAUGCUGAAAAAAAUAUAAAACUGGUAGAAAAAAUCACCGUGCUGCAACAGCAGAAUGAGGAACUGAGAGCCAGGAUUGAGCAAAAUACUGUCAUAACAAGGCAAUUGUCAGAGGAGAAUGCUAAUCUUCAAGAAUACGUUGAGAAAGAAAUGGAGGAGAAGAAGAAGCUGAGCAGGACUAACGAAGAGCUCCUCUGGAAGCUGCAGGAGGGAGAAGCCAUGAGCCCUGUGAAAAUCUCAUCCCCAUCAUCCACUUCUUUUUAUCGCUGCGCAUCAGGGGACUCCUCUCCAGUAAAAGUCAGAACCUUGCGGCGAUGACUCAGCACCUGUACGCCAAAGGUUCCCUGCCUUCUAUGCAUUUCCAGUAUGCUAAAUGCUAAAUACAUCCAAGGAAGUAUUACCAUCAACAGGCGCCCAGGGUUCAUGAUUGCAAGCAUGCUCAGUAGCUGCAUAGCUUUACACUAGGCAGGGUACUCUUACAGUCCCCAUAUAGGAGCUCUUGGUUCUGACAUGUUGAUUAGGGUAGCAAAAAAGAUAGCAAAAAGCUAGGGCAGCAGAUAGCAAAAUGUUUAGUUUGAUGUGUUAACAUUUUAACUAUGGUUAGAGCCAAAAGUUGGAAAAUACUAUAUUAAUGGUUCAUCAGAAUGAACUUUUGCUGCAGUAUUUCAGGUUAGUUGCAAAUACAGUUCAAGUUGUGAAUAUUUCUGUAUAUGUGUCUGUGUUUAUAUACAUGUAUGUAUUGUACCUUUAUACCUAUAUAUAGACGCACACACAUAUAUGUAGUUGAAGAUGUUCUGAAUUGCAUUUUUUAUAUUAUUGGAUACUACUAAGUGCUGAUAUAUUUUCAUUACAGUCAGCAGUUUUCUAACUCGUGCCUAAGACUUGUAUCUAAACAAAAUACAUUUCUGUUUAGCCUCCCAGGAAUAUUUAUACCCAACCUAGAAGAAAGUUACACAGAAGUAGAAGCGCCUUCCAAAUGACCACCAAGUGGUACUCUAUAAACAUGAACACCAGCGACUUUGAAAUUCUGAGACAGUACUGCCUUUGAAACCAUCACCUUUGCAUUGAACACCAGAUAACAUAUACAUACCAUUCACUGCUUUUUAACUCUUUGCAUCAAUAUUGUAAGUGGAGAUAGGCUAGACAUGAGAAAAACCAGAGGGGUUUGGUAAGUUUGAUAGAGGUUACUCGUUAACAUGUUUCAGUUUCAGUGUCUAAAUCCUAGUUAGCUCUUACCUUUAUUUACUUAGUCCUGAUUUGGAUUGGAAUCUCUGGUUGUACGUUCCUGAACAUUUUGAUUUAUUUCAAGUCUUGUAAGCAAAGAGAAAAGAAAUUGUUCAUCCUUGACCUUUGCUGGCCAAGAGGUUUCCAGUAUUAGGAUGAGAUACUGGGAACCUGCUAGGGCUCUAGGCUCCUCCUAUCUGGAACACCAAAUAGAGCACAGUGGAUUACAUGGGUGCAAACGAGGUCAGAACUUCUUUCCUUCCACAUACAUAUAUUAUCUCAGAUUGCUAAAGCUUACCCAAAGGUACGGAGCACUUUGAAGAUUCACGGAAAAGUGUAGCUAAGCUGCCUUUAACUGCACUGCCUAGGAGCAAAAAAAAAUUCAUCCAGGCUUGAGGUGACCCCCACUCGAGGGGGUGGGGAGACCAAGGAGUGGCUGGGCUGCGACAGGCUGCAAGACCCUCAUGGGCACAGCUAGGAAGAAAAAAAAAAUAAUCCCCCAAUAUUUUUUUUUAAAAGAAAAAGAGAAAGCGAGCUGUGGAAUGCUUUUUCUGUUCAGCUUGGGCAAAGAGCCUGCAUUCAUUCCUGCUCUGAGUACCAGGGACAAAGUAAGCAGGAGAUGGUACAUGCAGCAAAUCCCUGGGGUGCGGGAGCGCUGCAGGGAGCGUGGCUCUCCUACUUGCGUGUGCAUUGGCACCGGCAUACCCUGCGUGAGCAGAGGUGGGAUUGUACAGCCUUGCCAUACUGCUCGGAUGGGAGCUGUGCUUUAGUUUUCCUGGGAAGUAGUCAGGAUUCACAGACUGCAGCUUAGAUACAGCUUCAAUCACAGUCGAAGCGCCUGUGGCCUGUUCCACAGCAUUAAAACAAAAAAAAGGUGAUUUUUUUUCAUCCUUUUUAGAGGAAUUUAUUUUUGUAGCAGCUUUUGCAUGAUAGCGUGAUACUGAGUAAACCGAGCAUCUUGUUAGACUAGAUCAUGCCACAGCUACUGCUGUUGUACUAUGGAAAUCCAUUACUAGAUUUUAGUGUGUCCAGCAAGUACAACUUCAAAGUAACAUAGAUACCUAGCACACACAUGCACACAAAGUCCCUUCUUACCAAGUACAAUUUUAAUCACUUUCAUACUUGCUAAAUGCACAGAUAACAGCAAUACCUACUGCAUUGUCACAUUUCAUCUUGCCAGUGCUCAUACCAUGAGAUCAUAGGAUCAUGGAAUGGUUUGGGUUGGAAGGGACCUUUAAAUAUAAUCUAGCCCAAACACUCUGCCAUGGGCAAGGACAUUGUCAACUAGAUCAGGUUGCUCAAAGCUCCAUCCAACCUGGCCUUGAGCCCUUCCAGGGAUGGGGCAUCUACAGCUUCUCUGGGCAACCUGUUCCAGUAUCUCAUCACCCUCAUUGUAAGGAAUUUCUUUCUCACAGCUAAUCAAACCCUACCGUCUUUUAGUUUAGAACCAUUGCGCCUUGUCCUGUCGCUACAGGCCCUGGUAGAAGGUCUCUCUGUAUUUCCUAUAGGCCUGCUUUAAGUAUUAAAGGCAGCAAUAAUGUCUCUCAGGAGCCUUCUCUUCCCCAGGCUGAACAACCCCAACUCUCUCAGUCUUUCUCCCCAGGAGAGGUGCUCCAUCCCUCUGAUCAUUUUUGUGGCCCUCCUCUGGCCCUGCUCCAAGAGCUCCAUGCAUUUCCUGUGCUGAGGACUCCAGAGCUGUAAGCAGUACUGCACAUGUGGUCUCACCAGAGCAGAGGGGCAGGAAUGUAGAGGAGAUGUAGACCAGGAGCCCUCAAACUUUUUAACCAGGGGGCCGGCGCGCAGAUGCAGUGGCAGGCAGUCAUCUGCGGCUGCUUGGUUUCCCCCCCCCAACCCCUGGCAGGGGGGGGUCUGUAAAUACCGGGGGCCGGAUUGAGGACCCUGGGGGCCAUAUCCAGUCCACGGGCCAUAGUUUUGAGGACCCCUGAUGUAGAGGAAUGAAGACAGGUUAAUUAUCAUUGAUAAUAUACAGCUGUGGGCUGGCUUGAGGCGGUGGGUUGGCUGAUGUGGAUUAUGUGCAGCUGUGGCUGGUUCCUGCUAAGAAGUUUAAUAGCACUGAGGAGCACUGGAUGAAGAGAGACUUAGAAGAAGCAGAGGGGGGAGAAAGCGUGCCCUGCAUGUAGGAGAGACAAGGAGAGGUUCUAGGAGAAGCAGGGGGCCUGGAUGAGGAGAGGUUGGCUGGAAGAGGAGCCCAGAGAAGGAAGAAUCCAGGUGCAGCAGAGGCAAGAAACAGAGUGGACUGGCCUAAUGAGGAUGAAGAAAUGGUAUGGACAGCAGAAGAACUUCUGAAACCUUGUGGGGGAUUGGUGGCUGUGCUGGGGAGGCGCAGAAAGUACUCAUUGAAGUUAACCUGGUAUGGGAUAGUAAAAGCCUUGUGGCUGGCUAGUUUUGAUAGUGCUGCAACACAGGAUCACCUCCCUCGACCUUCUGGCCACCUUUCUUUUGAUGCAGCCCAGGGUAUGUUGGCCUUCUGGGCUGUGAGCACACAUUGAGCACUGCAGAGGGGUCUGGGCAGUCUGACGAGGAGCAGCUGAGGGAGCUGGGGGUGUUCAGCCUGGAGAGGAGGAGGCUGAGGGGAGACCUUAUCGCUCUCCGCAGCUGCCUGAAGGGAGGGGGUAGGCAGGUGGGGCCGGUCUCUUCUCCCACAGAACAAGAGAUAACGGCCCCAAGUUAUGCUAGGGGAGGUUUAGAUCGGAUAUUAGGAAAAAUGGGGAAAAGAUGCUAGGUCAGGAGUUAGCAGGGCUCAUUGAGAGAGCUUUAAACUAGUUUCAAAGGGGGAAGGGAAUAAAACCAGGCUUACUAGAGAUCAGCCUGGGGGCAGCAUGCAAGUGCUGGAUGGGAGAUUGAUGCCAAAAAAUGGGCAACAAACAGAAGGAGCUGGAAGUCAUCAUGCAGCAGGAAGAUUAUGACAUGGUCACCAUCAUGGAAACCUGGUGGAAAACUCACAUGACACGAGUGUUGCAAAGAUGGCUACAAACCCUUCAGAAAGGGAUAGGCAAGGAAGGAGAGGUGGUGGGGUAGCUCGGUACGUUACGGAGUGUUUUGACUGCCUAGGGCUUAAUGGUGGUACUAACAACAAAGUUGAAUGUUUAUGUGAAAGAAUCAUGGGGAGGGCCAAUGAAGCGGAUAUCCCAGUGUGAGUGUUAUCGACCACCCAACCAGGAUGAAGAGACAGAUGAAACAUUUUACAGGCAACUGGGAGAAGUCUCAAGAUCACUAGCCCUUGUUCUCCUGGGGACUUCAACCUACCAGGUGUCUGCUGGAAGUACAACACAGCCAGGAGGAAACAGGUCCGGGAGUUCCCGGAGCACGUGGAAGAGACCUUCCUGACAUGGCUGGUUAGUGAGCCAGGCAGGGGGGAUGUCCCCCUGGAUCUGCUGUUUACAACUGGGGAAGAACUGGUGGGUGAUGUGGUGGUCAGAGGACAUCUUGGGCAUAGUGAUUGCAAAACGGUAGAGUUUUUGAUUCUCAGAGGGGUAAGGAAGGGGUCAGCAGAACCGCUGCCUUGGACUUCAGGAGGGCAGACUUUGGCCUGUUUAGGAGCCUGGUUGGCAGAGUCCCUUGGGAGGCAGUCCUGAAGGGCCCAGGGGUCCAGGAAGGCUGGACAUUCUUCAGGAAGGAAGUCCUAAAGCGCAGGAACCGGCCGUCCCCAUGUGCCGAAAGACGGGCUGGUGGGGAAGACGGGCCUGGCUGAACAGAGCUUUGGCUGGAACUCGGGGAAAAGAGGAGAGUUGGCCACCUCUGGAAGAAGGGGCAGGCAACUCUGGAGGACGAUGAGGAUGUCGCGAGGUUAUGCAGGGCAAAGACCAGGGAGGUGAUAGCCCAGCUAGAACUCAGGCUGGCCACUGCUGUAAAAGGUGUUUACAAAAAAUGUUUUCACAAAUACAUUAGAAAGAAAAGGAGGGCCAAGGGUAAUUGCCAUCCUUUGUGGGAUGCGUCGGGGAACAGUGCCACAAAGGCCAAGGAGAAGGCUGAGGUACUGAAUGCCGCCUUUGCCUCAGUCCUUAAUAGCCAGAGCAGCUUCCCUCUGGGUACUCAGCCCCUGCACUGGAAGAUGGAUGAGCAGGAGCAGAAUGAAGCCCUCAGUCCAGCAGGAAAGAGUUAGUGACCUGCUGCUCCAGUUAGACACGCACAAGUCUGUGAGCCAGCCCCCAGUGUGCCCAGGUGGCCAAGGGGCCAGCAGCGUCCUGGCUGGUGUCAGAAACAGUGUGGCCAGCAGGGCCAGGGCAGUGACCGCCCCCUGGACUGGGCACUGGUGAGGCCGCACCUCGAACCCUGGGUUCAGUGUCGGGCCCCUCGCUGCAGGAGGGACGUCGAGGGGCUGGAGCGUGUCCAGGGAAGGGCAGCGGGGCUGGGGAAGGGGCUGGGGCACAAGUCUGAUGAGGAGCAGCUGAGGGAGCUGGGGGUGUUCAGCCUGGAGAGGAGGAGGCUGAGGGGAGACCUUAUCGCUCUCUGCAGCUGCCUGAAGGGAGGGGGUAGGCAGGUGGGCUCGGUCCCUUCUCCUAAGUGCCAAGUGACAGGGCAAGAGGAAACAGCCUCGAGUUGCACCAGGGGAGGUUUAGGCUGGAUAUCAGGAAAAAUAUCUCAAUGGAAAGGGUGGCCAAGCAUUGGAACAGGCUGCCCAGGGAGGUGGUGGAAUCAUCAUCCCUGGAGGUGUUUAAAAAACACAUUGAUGUGGUGCUUAGGGACACGGUUUAGUGAUGGACUUGGCAGUCCUGGGUUAAUGGUUGGAUGUGAUGGUCUCAAAGGUCUUCUCCAACCUAAAUACUUAACAA